CGACUUUGGGAUGGUUUGGUCUACAAGGGAUUUCGAUGACUUAAAUACUACUGGCUCCAACCUCCGAUUUUGGCAAACAAACACCUUAAACGCAAUUCGCUAAACACACCUUCCUUCUCUCUUCUUCUUCAGUCAAUCUUCCAUCUUCACUGAGUUUUUACACAUCAUCAUCAAUGGCGGACGAAGUCAUUCUCUUGGACUUCUGGGUUAGCCCUUUUGCCGCGAGGGUGAAAAUUGCCUUGGCUGAGAAAGGGGUAGAUUAUGAGUCCAGAGAAGAGGACCUGAGCAACAAGAGUACACUGUUCUUGAAGAUGAACCCUGUUCACAAGCAAGUCCCAGUGUUGAUCCACAACGGCAAACCGGUGUGCGAGUCACUCAUCAUUGUUCAGUACAUCGAUGAAGUAUGGAACCACAAAUCUCCAUUGUUGCCUUGUGAUCCUCACCAGCGAGCUCAAGCCAGGUUCUGGGCUGAUUUUGUUGACAAGAAGAUAUAUAGUGGUGGGAAGUUGAUGUGGUCGUCCACAGGUGAAGCCCAAGAAGCAGCAAAGAAUGACCUCAUUGGGUGCUUGAAGCUGUUGGAAGGAGAGCUUGGAGACAAGCCUUAUUUUGGGGGUGACACCUUUGGCUUUGUGGAUGUGGCACUGAUCCCAUUUUACAACUUUUUCUAUACAACUGAGCAGCUUGGCGACUUCAGGACUGUGGCAGAGUGCCCUAAACUUGUUGCUUGGGGUCAUAGGUGUAUGGAAAGGGAGUGUGUGUCCAAGUCACUUCCUGACCACCACAAGCUCUCUGACUACUUCUUGGGGUUCAAAAAGAAUCUUGAGGCUAAGUAAAUCUCUAGAAGAGUGUUUAAUUGGAAUGUAAUUGCUUAUAGGAAUGUUCUGUUUAUGUUAUACUUAACAACAAAAAUGAUUGAGAGCUCUAGAGGAGCUCUAAUGGUGGGAUCUACUAUGUAGUGUUUAUGCUUGCUUUUUUGUGUUUUUUUGUGUCUUUGUGUUUUGUUUUGUUUUGUUUCAUUUUUUUUUCCCCUCCAUACCACAUCACUAAAAUUCAUAUUAGAACUCUAGUUUUAGAGCUCUCAAUCACUUCUCCUUAAAUAAAGAAGGAAACUUUUUGUUGUUUUAA